GAGAAAAGCGCAGCAAUGGCGGCCCCUUAUUCCAGGCUCCACACAUUUAGACAAAGGAACUCAGGAGACGCCUCGUCUCUUCGGUGCAUUGUGCUUUUUCUAGUCCGUGCUCGUGUUCUUGACGUCCACGAUGACACGAUGCGCUUAUUAUUCGUGCUCUUGCCAAAAAGACACGCCAAGCCCUGUGCAGACGACGGAUUUUGGGACUGUAGUGUCUGCACGUUCCGCAACAGCGCCGAGGCGUUUAAAUGCAGCAUGUGUGAUGUGCGCAAAGGCACGUCCACAAGAAAACCUCGUCUGAACUCACAGCUCGUGGCGCAACAAGUAGCGCAGCAGUACGCCACCCCUCCACCAGCUAAGAAAGACAGGAGGGAGCGCACAGAGCGAGACGACCACUACGACAUAGACAAUUCAGACUCGGACAGGCCAAGCGUAGACAACUCUGACUCGGACAGACUUGGCCCAGACAGCAGUCACUUGGAAAGAGGACACACACAAAAGGACAGGAGACAGGAUCGCAUCGGAUUGGACAAACAUCAGCUUGUACAAACCCCAGUGGAACGGAGGCCUGAGAGAGCAGUUCUAAACCAGGAACUGCACAGAGAACUUCUAGAUAAAGUUCAUUCACACAGGCCACACAUGGAAAAAGAACAUCUUACAGGAGCAUCCGGGACGCAAGUGGCCGAAAAGGAGGAAAUGAAGAAAGGCAAAGUAGAGAAGGCAAUGGUGGACAAGCACAAAGAGAGGGAAAAGGUGCCUGGUGCCAACAAAAAGCCUUCUGCUAAGAAGAUGAAACCCAAGAUCCUUAAUAAAGGUCCUCCUAGUGAAAGAAGCAGCAUGAAAUCUGGCAAAUCAGCCACUAAAAGCAACAAGUCAAUUAUAUCAAGGCCUAAGCUAAAGAACAUAGACCGAAGCUCAGCUCAGCAGUUGGCUAUUACAGUGGGCAACGUAACGGUCAUCAUUACAGACUUUAAGGAGAAGACGCGCUCCUCCUCCACCUCCUCAUCCACUGCCACUUCCAGCAGCGGCAGUUCCGAACAGCAACACCUGAGCUCCAGCUCGGAGAGUACGGACAGGGGGUCUUCCCGUGCCUCUACACCACGCAGAGACCUUACUUCUGGACACAGUGAGCUCCUUUGAGGUUGCUGAAGGUCAAGAAUCCUCACUUGCAUUGAUAAUGCACAGAAAGACCCUUUACACUUAAAAGGAUGAAGAAUCAUUAUCAUGCAUGGGCACUGUUUCCAUCUUGAUAUUUUAUGGCAAGGUGUGCCAUGUGUUUCAAUGCUGUUUUUAACACACCCACCUCAACUUCCCACAUAAAUCACAAGUGUGCGUCACCUGCGUCCCAUGAGUGAUCACCUGGAGCACAAGAGGAAGAGUAGCACAUCUUGGGUAAAGCUACACUAUAUGGCCAAAUGUUUGUGGACAUGUGACCAUCACACCUAUAUGUGGUUCUUUCCCAAACUGUUGGCACAAAGUUGGAAGCACACAAUUGCAUAGGAUGUCUUUGUAAGCUGAAACAUUACAGUUUCCCUUCACCGGUACAAAGAGGCCCAAACCUGCUCCAGCAUGACCGUACCCCUGUCCACGGUUUGUCAAGGUUAGAGUGUAAGAACUCAAGUGGCCUGCACAGAGCCCUGACCUCAAACCCGCUGAACACCUUCGGGCUGAAUUAGCACGCUGACUGCACACCAGGCCUCCACACCCAACAUCAGUACUUGAACUGAGUAAUGCUCUUGUGGCUGAAUGAGCUAAUCCUCACAGCCAUCUUUGAAAGUCUAGUGCAAAGCCUUUCCAGAAGAGGUGGAGAUUAUUUUGACCACAAAGGAGGACUAAAUCUGGAAUGGGAUGUUCAACAAGCAGAGAUUGUGAUGGUCAGGUGCCCACAUAUGUUUGGUCAUAUAGUGUAUUUCCUUGCUUUGUAACAGUGUAUUUCCAUUGAACUCUGUACAGUCAUAUAGUCAUACAUGCUAGUAUGUUAGCCAAAGCUGUGCUAAAUUAUUAUUAUUAUUAUUAUUAUUAUUACUAUUAUAUGAUAUUUGCUGUUUUGAAAAGGAAAUUGUAUUAAGAUGUCAAAGUCUACAGUAAAGUUGACUGGAUUACUUCGAAGGCCUUCAAGGAGUGAAAGAGCCUUUUUUUAAAUAUCCAGCUUAGCCAAUAAUGCACUGGAACUACCCUAGAGAUGGUGACAGUGAAUUUAGUUUUAAAAGCAGUAUUGACAUGCAUGGAUAGUCUUCGCACUCUUUUCCAGAGAGAACUGUAGAGUCAAAUGUUGUGAGUCAGCAUUUUUAAGUGGUAGAAAUUGAAACCCUUUGUAUAUUUUGAGCCUUAGAUCUCCAGUUUACAUAAUUGUUCUGUUUCAAAAAAUGACCGGUUUUAUUCUCCAACACUGACCAACCCCACACCAUGUUCUGACACUGUAUGUCAGAUGAAGGUUACAUUUGUAAGCAAAAACACGUAGAACCUCCCAGAGAGAUGUGUACUUUUGUUAACUUAAUGAUUGUAUUUAUAAACUGUGAUGAUAAAUAAUCUAGUAGAUGGCUGAACUGGAACUGCAAACGUCAACAUACUAUAAGACUGUUGUUCUAGGUGCUAACAUGCAUUAAUAAAGGUGAUGGAAAUCAUCUAUGAAUAAUCUGAAAACUUAUCAACAUUUGAAGAAUAAUGUUCAAUAAAAUCUAUUCAGUAAAGGCCAUUUUUAUAUUGAUAGAUGUUCUGUAUUGUCAGUCGGUCACUGAUCAAAUCCCAUGUGAUCUGUUUAAGGAACCAUUCUUGUAAAUGCUAUUGCUAAAUGAUGUUACCAAGCUUUUAACUUGCCACAAGGACACGUUCUUUUAUUAAGUGGCUGUGAGCUAAGUAAGCAGCAAAAUGUCACCUAAUUCAUUACUGCCUCAAAGCAUUAUGAAACCGUUGAUGUGAUCUUUAUAGAUAAAAUGUCUUUAAUUAGUGUAUUUAUUUUGUGCAAGCAAUUCUGUUCUUGUGUAUGAUCGGUAACCUUAAUUUACUAUGUAAAGAUGGUUACAUAUAAGGAAUACUUGUCAUAAUAUAGAUUAACACUAUGUUUAUCUGUGGUGUAUUGAGUAUCUGGCACAGUUUCUUAGUUAAUUUUGACAUCAUAUUCCAGUUGUUGUGUGUUAAAACAGAAGUUAUUGCAUACACUGUUUCUCAGUGCUGCUUGUUUUUUUUUUUUUUGUUUUGUUUGUUUUUUAUUUGCUCAGUCUGAAGUAAAUUCUGCUUGGCAAAUUCUGCUUGUAACAUAGCUUUCAUUUCAAAUAAAGUAUCUGCAUUUGUUUA